AUGGCAUCAUCAGUGUUUUUCAAGUUUAAGUCUCAGAAAGAACCCACCCGAGUGGAAUUUGACGGAACAGGUAUUUCAGUCUUCGAGUUGAAGCGUGAAAUUAUCAACAAGAGUGGCCUGGGAGAUGGCACAGAUUUCGACCUCUUCAUUUACACAGAUGACAACAGUGAAGAAUACGACGAUGACACAACCAUCAUUCCCAGGUCGACAACUGUUAUUGCUCGGCGCCAGCCAGCUCUGAAGCCUGGGGCAGGUAGGGCUGCGAGAUAUGUCUCUGGCAAGAUGCCAGUGUCUGCAAAAAAUGCAAGCCGAAAAGAGCAGUUAUCCAAAGCGUCGUCAUCAAAGCCGAGUGCCACUGCCAUCAGUGAGAUGAAUAAUGCCAUGACGGAAGCGGAGAAGAUGGCAGCCAUGUUUGCGGCACAGACCGAGCAGUGGUCUGCCCAACAGGAAGAAAUGUCCCACCAAGCUCCCGUUUUCAAACCCGGAGCUAAAAAGCCGGCGAAUGUCCCUGAUCAUGAUCCUCCUCAAGGCUACAUCUGUUACCGUUGUGGUAACAAAGGGCACUGGAUUCAGCUCUGCCCAACAAAUGACGAUCCUGAUUUUGAUAACCGACCCCGCGUGAAGAGGACUACCGGCAUCCCCCGAUCCUUCCUCCAGAAAGUCGACAAGUCGGUGGUAUUGGCCCACACAGAUGGCGACGAAUCGAAACGACCAUCUGGCAUCAUGGUCAAUGCUGAGGGAGAUUUUGUCAUUGCAGAACCGGACAAGGCAUCGUGGGAGCAAUAUCAGGCUAAAGCCAAGUCAUCUACGGCCAACAAAGAAGCUCAAGCCGAAGAUCAGGAAGUGCAAGAUAGGGGUCUACAAUGUUCGAUUGACAAAAAGAUGUUCAUAGAACCAAUGAAGACACCUUGCUGUAAGAAGACGUUUUGCAAUGAUUGCAUAACCAAUGCUCUCAUCGAAAGCGACUUCGUCUGCCCUGCGUGUCAAACUGAGGGUGUGCUAAUCGAUGAUCUUCAGCCUGAUGACGAUGCGUCAAGGAAGAUACAGGAAUACAUCAAGGAGAAGGAAACUGCAAAGAGCACUCCGCCAGCAUCUCCAAAAGCAGACGAUUCCGUCUCUGAGAACGACAGCAAGAACGGCGAUGCCAAGGCAGAGGACGAAACGAAAAAGCUGGGUGGAGAGCCGUCCGAGAAGCAAGAGGAGCCGAAAGCAACACCCAAGUCUCCAACGCCUCCAGAAGCCACCGUCAAGUCGCCCACAGUUGCUCCAGAGGGCGAAACGCAGAUUGUCGUCAAGUCCGAGGACAAGCAAGCUCUAGACGAGUCGACUAAGCAGGUGGUCAAUGUGAAGAAACGCCCGGCCGACGACUUUCUCGAAAACCCGAAAAUCCCCAAGGCUCCCAAGGCCAUGCAAAACCAGCAAAACAAGAUGAACGCCAUGAACAGUAUGAUGAACGGGAUGCCCAACAUGGCGAUGCCCAACAUGAUGUUUAACGGCAUGGGCAUGAUGCCACCAAACAUGAUGGGAAUGCCGGGCAUGAAUAUGAACAUGAACAUGGGGAUGCCCAACAUGAUGGGCAUGCCAAUGAUGGGCAUGCCCAAUUUUGGAAACAUGAAUGGAGGAUUCGGGAUGAAUGGGAGCUGGGACAUGAGCGGCAUGAACGGCAUGGGCAACAUGGGCAACAUGGGCGGCAUGGCUGGCAUGGCUGGCAUGGGCAGCGUCAUGAACGGCGUGAGCGGUAUGAAUGGAUUGGGCGGAAGUAUGGGCAACAUGGGAAACAUGAACGGCGUGAAUGGUUUCCAAAACGGAGGGCAGACCUUUGGCCAGCAGAGCAAUCAGGCUGAUGAUGAUGCGUAUUUUCGAAAGCCGGUCAACCCUCAUCGCCACCAGAACAAGCAACGCAGGAUCAGACCCAGCGACUACCGCGAACUGUGA